AUGGAGCAUUCGCUACAUGUAUACCCCGAUGCUAGGCCCCUGAAGCAGAAAAAGAGAGACUUCGGAGCUGAUCAAAAUCAGAUUAUUAAAGAGGAGGUCGAUAAACUAAUGGAGGCGGGUUGCAUCAGAGAAGUGCAGUUCCCUAGUUGGCUGGCUAAUGUGGUCAUGGUUUCACCCGGGAACAAGUGGCGAGUAUACAUUGAUUUUAGAGACCUUAACAAAGCUUGUCCAAAAGAUUAUUAUCCUCUUCCUCGCAUAGAUCAAGUGGUGGACUCUACCGCCGGAUGGGUGACAUAUCAAAGACUCAUGAAUAAAGUCUUCAGAAAGCAGAUUGGAAGAAAUAUGGAGGUUUAUGUGGAUGACAUAUUGAUUAAAUCUCUUCAGCCCAGAUCGACCAUCAAAGCGCAAGCAUUUGCAGAUUUCAUAAUAGAGGUACAAGGUCCAGAAGAAGAAGGGAUUUGGAAGGUUUAUGUAGAUGGAUCCUCCACUAGGCAAGGCAGUGGGAUCAGAAUUCUUCUCAUAUCCCCUAAGGAGGAUCGAAUCCAACUUUCUGUCAGCCUAAGUUACAGGGCCACUAAUAAUGAGGCAGAAUAUGAAACAUUGAUAGCUGGGUUGCAAGCUUCUCGGCAUGUGGGGGCACCAAGGGUACAGAUUUAUUCCGACUCUCAGUUAGCAGCACAGCAGUUAACGGGCAAGUUUGAAAUUAAUAAUGACCGACUCAAGUUAUAUGCAGAGGCCUUUGAUAAGUUACGAGCUUCAUUCCAAGAAGUUAAUAUACAGAAGAUACCCCGAUUAGAGAAUCAAGUAGCCGAUGAAUUAGAAAAACUCGCAUCUGCAGUGAUACCGUGGAAUCUAGAUAAACCAGUAGAACAAACCAUUUUAGUAUCUUGUAUUGAGAAAGUAGCCAAUGCGGAGAUACAAGGAGAUUGGCGCGCGCCCAUCAUAUUGUUCUUGCAACAAGGUAUCCUCCCUGCAAAUGUAGAGCACGCCAGGGUCUUUAAGAAGAAGGCCACUCGUUACACUUUGAUAGGAGACCAUCUAUACAAGAGAGCCUUUUCUAGUCCCCUACUUAAAUGCAUCAGAACAUACGAUAUACCCUACAUUCUACAAGAAGUUCAUCAGGUGUCUUGCCUUUUUGAUCUGUGGGGCAUGAAUAUAGUAGGACCUUUUCCCCUGGCAACUACACAGAGGAGGUUCUUAUUAGUAGCCGUGGAUUACUUCUCCAAAUGGGUAGAAGCGGAGCCAUUGGCGAGAAUCACUGAAAGCGCGGUUAUCAAAUUUCUAUGGCAAAACAUUAUUUGUAGAUUUGGUAUCCCUCAUAAAUUGGUAUCCGAUAAUGGUAGACAGUUCCAAGGGAAAAGGAUUGAAGAAUGGUAUGCAGGAUAUGACAUUACACAGGCGUUCACCUCUGUGGCAUAUCCACAGAGUAAUGGUCAAGCGGAGGUGACCAACAGGGAGAUCAUCAGAGGCCUCAAAACUAAGUUAGAUCAUGUUGGUGGUAGUUGGGUAGACGAGUUACCUAGUGCCCUAUGGGCCUACCGCACUACUCUUAGAGAAGCCACAGGGAUUACUCCCAUUCAGUUAGUAUAUGGAGGAGAGGCAAUAGUUCCCAUUGAAGUAGGAGUUGAGUCAGACAGAAGAAGACUAUAUAAUGAAGAAGAUAAUGCUGAUCGGCGUCUUAUGGAAUUAGAUUUGAUAGAAGAAGCUUUAAACCUUUAA